GGGAGACCCAAUCUUCUUCUUCUGAUAGUACAACUCACCCACGAUUUCACUAGUCAAACCGUUGGAACUCAACUGAGAUCUACUGAUCUGGACUUUCAUCUCCGGUUUUUGGCAGUUUUUCCUGCGACAAAGCCGACGCGCUGUAAGUAGCAUGUACUUGAAGAUGUAAGAGACGUGGAAAAACUACUCCUUGCAAGAAAUAAAUUGAUUACAACUUUUCAAAGCGCACCAGAACAAAGCGCAAUGCGACCAAGAAGAGCUGCGGCCCUCCUUCUAGGAGGACUCUCUUCGCAAUUCGGUGGAGUCCGACCGACCGCCGCUUGCCGAUGGGCAGUGUAUGCCGGAGAACGGCCGGAACUUGCUAGCAGCCUUUUCCUGUCUGAAUAUGGUGGCGCAACCCACGCGCUAGAUACCCAAGUGAACCGAGAACCAGUGGGCGACUUAGCGACUCAUCAUCUCACUGCUGGUGUAAUUACAGACUUCUGCAUCUUCUUCAAUGUCCUUAAUGGUUCGCCUUCUGCCAUCAUUCUCCACUUCUUCUCAGCACGUUAUUGUUCUCCACGACAAGUAGAUCUCCAAUAAUUAUAAUCAAUUCACCAAUCAACUAUAUGUGGCCGUCUGACGAGCGGCGGAGCUGGAUAACGGAGGAACUCAGUCAAUCAAUCAAUCAAUCACUCAAUCAAUCAAUCACUUAAGUACUCUUACACUGUAAUACAGACCCCACCACGAUUCCGUUGCCCUAUUUCCUUGGGGAUGCACCGGAUGGACUCUUUUUCGAUCCGAAGAAGUUCUUUCUGCGCAACCAUCCAAGUAAUACGGACGGAUGGGGUCUCGGAUGGUACUCUGGAGGCGACUUGAAUCAAUUAUGAAGAUCGAUUUGGUUACAUAUGUAGCUGGUGCUGGUGGAGUAGAGAUAUUUAUUACUGAAAUUUUUGCUAAUCAUACUACUAGGCACUCAAAGUCGAAGUCCUCUUCAAGAACAUAAAAUGAUCACGAACAACUAGGGUUUACAACUUCAAUAUCAUAUUGAUACUACUACAAGAACUAGGCACCACUCGAACUGCAGCUUCCAGUUAUACGCCUUUGCCCAUCUAGUAAGUAGCACUAUUGAGAUAUCCUUAUCGACGAGGUUCAACCUUGCUUACGGCAACUCGUUGACAACAUCUAAUUUCUGGUCUCAACCCGCGCACACGAACUAUCACUGGCCCCGUUGCAAAGCGAUAUCGCGACCCAGAACCAGGUGUGAUCCAGACAGUGACCAGGGAUGACUACUACGACACGACGACCUAUGCCAACGUCACGGCACCGGAUCUUGUCGCUCUGACGCAGAUCGUGAAAUCGCCCAUCAUCUUCGGUCACAUCCGGGCUGCAACUAAGGGUGCUCCGCUUGUUAAGGGUCUUGUGAAUACUAGCAACCUAAGCUUAAUAUCCAUCGAUCUGAUACUUUUUCCAAGAACGCUGCUCUCGCAGUCGUACCGCAAGAAUGGUUAAAUGAAAAACGCACCUCUUCGCGUGAUUCAGUUGUAUGCACAUCUUGUACAACUCUUCACUCAUCAUCAGAUCCCCAUCUAAUCCUUUCGUCCAUCGUCGUGCCAAUGCACAUCCAUUUUUGUUCAAUGGAAUCAUGUGGAUGCACAAUGGAGGCCUGCCAUCUCACGCUCAAGAUGCUCUACGAAACAACAUCCUCUGCGAAGACUUGAAGGGGUUGUUGGUUUCAGGGAGUACCGACUCGGAAUACCUUUAUGAUCUCGGCUGCUGCCCGUUUUCUUCUGUGAUCAUCCUGUUGCAAGAACCUGAAAGUGAACGGCUUCCUGUUCAUACCUCUAACUCAUAGGCGCCUACUUCGUAUCCCAGUUGAUUUCCGUAGAUCCUCUGAGGGAUCAGUCGGUCCAGGACUUCUGUUCAACUUAAGGGUAGGUUAAAGGUGCUUUUCUUACCGCUUUUUAUGCCUCUCCUAAGGGAGAAAGGCAUAAAAAGCGGGGUAAGCAAGCACCAAAAACCUACCUCUAAUCAACGCGAUCCUCUGCGACGUUUGUGCCUACCACGACCACCCCUAGCCCUACGACGACAACGACGGUGUCCUCUACUUUAAGGCUUCUCCUAUUCCAUCUCCGGAAGCAUCUUGGAGACGUUUUCAAGGGGAAAAUGGUUUCCGGAUGCUCCUCAGGAUGGAUAAGGGUGAGCUCCAACUACUUCUAGUGAAGGUGGUGCUCCUGAGGGAGAUGCUGGAGGUACUCCUGAUACAGAGACAGGCUCCAGUAGCCAAGAUGCAGUCGUCGAGGCUUUAUCAAAAGAAGGAGCGAACAAGAAAGACAACUCGUUCUACUCCACUGAAGCAAUGGUGACGGCACUGAAGAACACCGUGAAGAUGGUGACGGACUUGGGAGGAGAGCCAUCGAGUUUGAAUAUCGCCGUCUCAGACGGCAAUGUUGUGUUGGCUUUGAGGUACUACAGCCAUUUCCAGAUUGAAUUUUGUAGUUUUGAUGGUAGUUGUCAAAAAAGGACUUCUGGUAGUCGUGAAGGUACCAGUAUGAGUCAUGAUGUGUGCAUCCCGAAUAUGGCGAUCCAAUCUUCUUCAUUCCUCGUGUAUUCCCAUCUGUCAAACUCACAGAUACCGAACCUCCCCCGCAGAAGACCCACCGUCUCUGUACUAUGCAAGAACGCAGAAAUCCGUUUGGAUAUCGAGUGAGCCUCUGGAUGCUGGAAGAGAAGAGCCAGUAAACUGGAACACACCUGCGGACAAGAGGAUACCACCACAGAUCCUCUUCGAUCACGACGCGGAAAGCAACUUCACAGCGACAGCAGUAGCCGAAAGCAGCCUCUAUACACCGGAGUAUGGGACAGAAUCAAGAACCUGGUAUUCACUCAACAAGGACGAACUCCUUGUGUACGAGAAUUAUGGCAGUAUUGAAUAUCUGCAAUCUCGUAGCAAAAAUCUGAAUCUAAAUCAAGUACCACAAAAGAUUACGUAGCAGAAGCAGGAUCUAUCACUUGAUCUCUUUCCUUGUUCUUCUAAGCAAAAAACACAGACACUUUGACCUUCGAGUGUCUGACUUCAGCCUGCGAGCAAGACAAGAAGGAACGACGCAAACGACGAAAGAAGCGAGCGACUGCGGGUUCAUGGUUUGCAUCUAUCAAGAGUGUCUUCGGAAGCGAAGACAAUGAUCUGUGAAUGACACCACUUAGAAUGUCACCACUUAUGUUGAGGUUACUAGGGUUUUAGCCUAUGCCUGAGGCUACGCCUUGCAGUGUAAGAUAAGUAGAAAAAGUAGGGCGGUUCUCGUUCAGCAAGGGAAUUCGCCCUCGUGCCUAGAAGCUGGAAGGAACAUCAGCAAAAGCGCAACAUAGGUGUCCUUGGUUAGUCUUGUUCUUGAUCAUUUUAGCGUCUUUUUACACGAAAAGACAUCUUUUUCAUCGACUGCGGAAGGCCUUUGUCCGGAGUCAAU